AUGGAGGGAGAGAGAGCAGUGAAUGCAGAGGUUCGGUACAGAGGGAUUCGUAGAAGGCCAUGGGGUAAGUUUGCAGCAGAGAUUCGUGACCCUACAAGAAAAGGGACACGCGUGUGGCUGGGAACCUUUGACACCGCCGAGGAGGCUGCACGAGCUUAUGAUGCUGCUGCAUUUCAUUUUCGUGGUCACAGAGCCAUUCUCAACUUCCCUAAUGAGUAUGAUCACUCUCCGAAUCUAAACUUUUCAAUUUCAUUGCCACAGCCUCCUCCUCCUUCUUCUUCUUCUUCUUUUUAUUCUGGUGAUGGCUUUUUGAGAGCCGGUUCGUUAAGACAACAACAACAACAACAUGCUGGCAAUACUUUUGAGUUGGAAUACGUGGACAAUAAGUUGCUUGAAGAACUCCUUCAGGCGCAAGAAGAGAAAAAGUUGAGAAUCAAAACGCCAAAGCUAGUGUAG